AUGAGAAUUUUAUCUGAUGCACUUAAAACCAGCAACUAUGGUGCUGAACCUCUGCUUCAAAGUUGUGGAAUUACUAUAAGCACAGGCUUUACUCAAGUGGAAGGACAUGUUUUGCCUGCUCCAAAGUUGAAAUUUGGCAAUGGUGAAGAUUUCAGUCCGAGAAAUGGAAGGUGGAAUUUUAACAAUAAGAAAUUUGUGCAGCCAACAAAGAUAGAGAAAUGGGUUGUGGCAAACUUUUAUGCACGAUGUGAUGUACGGGCAGUUGUAAGGGAUCUAAUUAGAAUUGGAAAUACUAAAGGAAUUAUGAUUGACCAACCAUUUGACUUGAUUGAAGAAAAUCCCCAUUUUAGACGUGCCCCACCAAUGGUUAGAGUGGAGAAGAUGUUUGAGAUCAUUCAGUCUAAAUUUCCCGGGGCUCCUCAAUUCCUUCUCUGUUUGCUUCCUGAUAGAAAAAACUGUGAUAUUUAUGGCUCAUGGAAAAAGAAGAAUCUUGUUGGUUAUGGAAUCGUCAAUCAGUGCACGUGUCACGGAAGAGUCAAUGAUCAGUAUCUGGGUAAUAUUAUGUUGAAGAUCAAUGCCAAGCUUGGUGGGUUAAACUCAUUGCUGAGUGUUGAAAUUUCUCCGUCUCUUCCUAUUGUUUCCAGAGCACCUACUCUCAUUCUAGGAAUGGAUGUGUCACAUGGCUCUCCAGGGCAGACUGAUAUUCCUUCAAUUGCUGCUGUAAGUGAUUGUUGGGUUCUCUUUGAUCACGAAAGAUAUAAUUUGUUUUGA